AUGACUUUGGCGGGGAAGAUGCUUACCCUCCAGGUGUCGGCUGCGGUGCGGCUGCAGGCUGCUACGCGCGGCCUCCUAGCACGUCGGCGGGUGCGGGAGAUGCGCGAUCUGCAGCUGAUUCAGCCCUGCACUCCUCGCAGCUCCUCCAAGUUGCGCUUCGCUGUGCGGAGGACCUCGAUCUCGUCUGCUGCAUCGGGGAUCUCGGGCAUGCGGUUACCCCCACGGGCGGCGGGCAUGCUAUUUUCCCUGCGGGCGGCGGUUGGGGAGGCGCAUCCCUCCACCUCGUUCUCCAUCGAAAGCCCUCCGCUCUUCUCUGUGCGGUGCAGACCAGCAGCCGUCUAG